AUGGACCCCGUGUGGGUUUCAGAAGAAGAGAAACGCUGGGAAGACCUGAAAAUGGCGACUGCUCAGAUGCAAAGAAGUGCGGUGAACUCGGUGGCCCUUCCAAGUCGUGUAGUCACAGAACAACAGUCUCUGUUCCUCGUGAAGCGGCUCCUCGCGGUUUCCGUCUCCUGUAUCGCUUACCUGAGGGGCUUGUUUCCCGAGUCCGCGUUUGGGACGAGGUACAUAGAAGACAUCUGUGUGAAGAUCCUUAGAGAGGAUAAAAAAUGCCCUGGCUCUACCCAGCUAGUGAAAUGGAUGUUAGGGUGCUACGAUGCCUUGGGGAGAAAAUACCUCAGAAUGGUUGUACUAUUAAUUUACACCAACCCAGACGAUCCACAGACUUUUACAGAGUGCUAUCAGUUUAAAUUCAAGUACACCGCCAGCGGACCUGCCAUGGAUUUCACCAGCACUAAAGGCGCCAGCUCUGUGUCUGUCUUCUCGGAUAUCAGGAAAGCCAGUGUCAUGCUUAUCCGCAAGCUGUACAUCCUCAUGCAAAAUCUGGGGCCUCUGUCAAGUGAUGUCUGUUUGACGAUGAAGCUUUUUUAUUACGAUGAAGUUACUCCAGCAGACUAUCAUCCUCCCGGCUUCAAAGAAGGGACUUGUGGAGAUAUGAUGUUUGAAGGGGAGCCCAUGUACCUCAACGUGGGUGAAGUGGCUACUCCUUUUCAUGUGUUGAAAGUUAAAGUUACUACGGAGAAAGACAGGAUCGAGAGCGUUGAGAAGACCAUCCUGAGGGAAGGAGAAACCACAUCGCCUGAAAAAUCCGUCAAACUGGAUUUGAAUUGCGGGGGGGAACCCGACAGUCCCGUACAGGAUGAUCCAGUUGCAGCUGAUACUUGGGAGAAGGAUGGCGAUGGCUCUGUGAACAUUGAAGAACCAAGUCUGACUUGUCAAGAGAAUGAGAUUGUGAAGUCUGAUGAGAACGAGGUCCUGAAGUCUGAUAAGAACGAGAACGAUAUUGUGACGUCUGAUGAGAAUGAGGACGAAAACUCUGAGAAUGAGAGCUCACAGAAUGCGCACGCUCAGGUUGAAGAGUCUCGGCGAGGGAAUGCCUGCCCCCUGUUCACAGCCCGUAAGACUAGGAGCGGGAGAAUCAUUCCAUACGUGACCGUGAAUCUGGGUGCUAAGGGAACGUCGUCCACCUCUAUCGCCAGAGAGAGCCGGAAGACCAGGCAGCCGGUUAAAGCAAUCCAGCCGCUUGAAAUCCCCCGGAGUCAGGAUGAACCAGUCGGACCGAAGAGAAGGAAGUUCAGCGAACCAAAAGACCUGUUUUAGCUUCGCUGCGUUCUGUAGUUGGUUAACGUUCUGUGUAGAAGAAGAGAUGGUUUGUAUUUGGAAGAGUAUUUUUUCCCAAAAUAUUUGAAUAUAUGGAUAGUUUUAAGCGCAUGAGAAUGCAGGAUAUCUGGGUUCGGGGACAAACAUGCAUGAAAUUAUCUUGCCCGGGGGGGGGGGUUGAGCGGCACACGCGUGGUUCUGGCGGAGUGAUUAAGACACGCGUGUACCUGGUAGGAAAUCCUGCAGUGUUUAUAAUUACAGCUGGAACGCUUAUAAUAAACAGAGCUUGCGUGUCAUUUACAUGUCCGUGUUCUAACAUGAAAUCCGCGCGUUACGUACGUUGGCAGUCUGUUUUAUUUACUGCUUAUUACAGAAUGUUUAAAUGCUGUCAUUUCAGUGAUGUGACCCGAUGAAGGCACGUUUUACUGAAAAUAUAGUUUGAGAUGAUAA